GCAGCAGUAGAUGUAGCCAAUAGGAGUGAGUGUACUGUGCAGCAAGUGAAGGUUAAUAUUUUGUAAUACCAAUAUUAAUGCAAUUAUACAAAAUUGUUUCACGCCACAGCGACGAGUUUGAAACAAAUUUAACACGUUUCAAAUUACCCGCGGCCUUUGACGAAAAUGCCCGAAAGUUUGACCCGAUGUCGUUUCACCUGCAAAACAAAUUGGUUGAAAAGUUUUGAUGUAUUCGUAGUAGGCAUGGGAGUUAUUUACGUUUUGUGCAGGUGUUGAAAUUCCGCAUAGUUUUGAGUAACGGAGAAAGAGUUGUGGCAAAUCCUUACGUCGAAUUAGUACUCGAAAUGUGCUAUUUUGUGUAUUUUAGGAAUUCAAAAGUGACCGUGCAAGAAAAUGAUCAUAAAUCGGCGAAUGACGGGCGGUCGCCAUCUUCUACGUGAGUUUUCUCAUUGCUUUUAAAAACUAUUAAAUUCGGUUCAGGAUGAAUAUUAACAGUUAGAUGAGCAUUUUUUACGGACGGAGGAAGGAUUACUUGUAUCGGUCAUCGUACUCUGGAUCGAAAAUAAAGGUGUAGACAUCCUGUAGGCUAAUGACGGAGAAGGCGUGGAACUCCUCCGGUGGGGCCGGCGUGAAGAUGGACAGGUUCCAGGUGGGUCUGGACCCGAGGAAACAAGAGCUGCUGGAGGCGCGCAUCAUCGGCAACCGGGGCUCGGGCGCCGACUACUCCACCAACAACAGCGGCGGCAGCAGCUACGUGCAGUGCCCCAACUCCAUGUGCGGAGUGCCGACCACCCCCGCCGUCGACUGGGCGGCCGUUGGCGCCCGCGGACAGAUGUCAGCUGGCUCCCAGAUUCAGAUGGCACCUCAAACCAGUCUCAACUCGGGGCAGCCAGUUCAUAGUCAAGACUCCAACAUGAGCACAGGUUCCUCCCACAGUGACAAAGAGGUGGACCCCAACACGCCAGAGAAAAUUCUGCGCACACCCUCGGAUAGGAAGCGCAAGCGCAAGGUGGACGACGGGGGAGGAGGGUUGGCGGGGGGCAACGCGAGCGUCGUAGCGAAGGGCCCCCGCACCGGGGACAACAAGAAGAUAAACGAGUACUUCAAGCACGGAGCGGGCACCAGCCCCAUCAGGCACGGCGGGGCAAAGAGCCCUUCCCCCCAGCAAGCGUACUCCAUGACGGACAGAGCAGAUACUCAAUGUGGCGUGUUUCAGUUCCCCCCUUCUCCACAGCAGACGAUAAUGCAGUCCCCCCAGACACCCGUCCAGGGUGUGCCUCCUGAGUACUCGAGUCUCGUGCACUUGCGGUCCCACCCGCCCACAGUUAGCAAGCAAGUCCAGACGGAGCUGACAUGUCAAAGGAUACAGGAGUUCGAGACGCAAGCGUCGUCCGACCUGGAGCUACGGAAUAACAAAAUCGACGAACUCAACGCGGCCAACGAGGAGCUGAAGCAUCAGCUGACGGCGUCUCAAAAGGUCCUCGAGCAACACAAGAGCCACAUAAACAAGUGCAUAGACGUAGUGAAGAAAUUGCUCAAGGAGAAGUCGAACAUAGAGAAGAAGGAGGCGCGGCAGAAGUGCAUGCAGAACAGGUUACGGCUCGGGCAGUUCGUGACGCAGCGAGUGGGGGCGACGUUUCAAGAGAACUGGACUGACGGCUACGCUUUCCAAGAGCUGGCAAGGCGGCAGGAAGAGAUCACGUCUGAGCGGGAGGAGAUCGACAGGCAAAAGAAGAUGCUGGUGAAGAAGCGACCGUCGAACAACGAGACGGGGCGCAAGCGGAACAGCACCCAGAGCCAGGGGUCGGUGGCUGUCCUCCACAACGGCACCGACGCCACCUUCCUGAAGCCGGACCCCGUGCCCGGCAUGUCGUGGCAGGAGUACUACGAGGCUGACGAGAUCCUCAAGCUGCGGCAGAGCGCGCUGAAGAAGGAGGACGCCGACCUGCAGCUGGAGAUGGAGAAGCUGGAGCGGGAGCGCAACCUGCACAUCCGCGAGCUCAAGAGGAUCCACAACGAGGACCAGUCGCGCUUCAACAACCACCCGGUGCUCAACGAGCGCUACCUGCUGCUCAUGCUGCUGGGCAAGGGGGGCUUCAGCGAGGUGCACAAGGCCUUCGACCUGAAGGAGCAGAGGUACGUGGCCUGCAAGGUGCACCAGCUCAACAAGGACUGGAAGGAGGACAAGAAGGCCAACUACAUCAAACACGCUCUGAGGGAGUACAACAUCCACAAAGGGCUGGUCCAUCCCAGAGUGGUGAAGCUGUACGACGUGUUCGAGAUAGACGCCAACUCCUUCUGCACCGUGCUGGAGUACUGCGACGGCCACGACCUAGACUUCUACCUGAAGCAGCACAAGACCAUUCCAGAGAGGGAGGCGCGGUCCAUCGUGAUGCAGGUGGUGUCUGCGCUCAAGUACCUCAACGAGAUCAAGCCCCCCGUCAUCCACUACGAUCUGAAGCCAGGCAACAUCCUCCUCACGGAGGGGAACGUGUGUGGCGAGAUCAAGAUCACGGACUUCGGCCUGAGCAAGGUGAUGGACGAGGAGAACUACAACCCAGACCACGGGAUGGACCUCACGUCCCAAGGAGCGGGCACAUACUGGUAUUUACCACCGGAAUGUUUUGUGGUCGGGAAAAAUCCUCCAAAAAUCUCCUCGAAGGUUGAUGUUUGGAGUGUUGGUGUGAUAUUUUAUCAGUGUCUUUAUGGUAAAAAGCCAUUCGGACACAACCAGUCGCAAGCGACGAUCUUGGAGGAGAACACAAUUCUCAAAGCAACGGAAGUUCAGUUUGCAAACAAACCAACAGUCAGCAACGAAGCCAAGAGCUUCAUCCGGAGCUGCCUGGCGUACCGCAAGGAGGACCGCAUCGACGUGUUCUCGCUGGCGCGGCACGAGUACCUCCAGCCGCCCGUGCCGAAGCACGGCCGGCAGGCCAGCUCUCAGCAGCAGAUCCAGCAGGCCGUGGUGCAGCAGCAGCAGAUACAGCAGCAGACCUCGUUCAGCACGGGCAUGUUCAGCGGCAUGAACGCCUCCAGCUCCUCGUAGUGAACGCCCGGGUCCGAGCUUCCUUCGUCGGGCCCCCCCUCCCCACGGUGUCGUUACUCCCCCCUCCCUCCCUCCCUCCCUCCCUCGCGUCGCGUGCGUCCUCCGUUUUAUAGCACUUUUCUUUUCUUAUACUUUUCUUGCCUCGUUUUAAUCAAUUUUUUUUUCUCUGUGUCUCUCUCUAAAUUAUAAGUGAUCACUUGUAUUUCUUACGCAGAAAGUUUAUUCUAUGAAUAUUUUUUUUACAGUGUACGAUUUGUAGGUCAGUGGUCAACUCAUAUAGGCGUACAGUAAAUAUUUGUUACUGGGCAAGCCAUUUGAAGUGCAGAGUAAUAUAAUUUUGAAGUUUUUUUUUUUUCUUCCAAACUUAAUGUGUUUUGAGGCUUGCUACGAGUUACUCAAAAGUGUCCGCAUCACUUAAAACCGGCACAUGGUCUCGUCUGGUUUGUUUUGGCUUCAUGUACCUACUUUCAGUUGCACUUGCUGGACUAUUGUACGUACUUCAAAUGACUUUUGCAGUGUCAUGCAAAUUAAAAUUAUUUUUUUUCCAUUUGGGCGGCUUCGAAAUGAAUACUUUUGCACUUGCAGUGGUGUUAGUAUGUUUCAACAAAGAAAAAAUUCUGAAAUGUAUUUAAAAAAAUAUUCUAUUGCCUGGAAAUUGUGGAGUCUGUUCGGUACACCGCUGCACCCAUCAUGCAUCACAUUAAUGGUACAACUCUCGUACAUCGUGCCAUUGCGUCUUCUCUCGUUCGCAGCGGUGUCUGAGCAGACUACCCGUUUCCCCGCGAAGGUGGUCUAAGUUUUGAGGGUUUUUUUAUAGGUUUUAUUUAUGCAGAUAAUAUUUCUGUCCAAAAGUUCCUUCUCGAUUUAACGCUACUGUUGUAUACUAAGCAAUGAUAGUGCUCUUGGUGACCCGCAUGUGUUUUGGAGGUUACUGUCAGAGAGAGAGGUGGCCCAGAUGGUGAUAUUAGGUGAUAGCAGUUUGAGAGGGCGUGUUCAGCAGUGGCGAAGUGUUAGCGUAGCUCAUCGCUGUAAAUCUGUUUUGCGAGGCUAGUAUUGUAAGUACGCGUGUACAGAGCUGUAUAUACUGUGAGAACGUCUGGAAGCAGUCGUAUAUUAAAGUGAAGUGUGAUAUUGUAUUGUAAGUAUGGCUGUAAGUGUAACUGUAAAGCUGAAUUUUUUUUAAAAAAAUAUCUCUGCACCUGUUACAGAAAAAAAAUGUUUUCAUAAUAUUUGUUGUUCUUUCAAUUGGAUAUGCAGUUUUUUGUAUUCUUUUUAUCAUGAAAAAGUGUAAUCACGUUUUUUGACCUAAACUUAACUAAAUUAUCAUUUGGCUUAUUGUUGUGAUGUAAUAUUUUUAUCUUGUCUUGUUGAUUUAAUAAUUUAUCCAGGUUGAAAUUUAUUUAGUAAUUUAUUUUUUUUAUGAAGUGUUGUCAUUUUUACACCAGCAUUUCGGUAAUCGUACUAGCUUGGGGAAAUAGAUUUACACGCGGCUAGUCAUUUCUCCGGUAGUUUUGAUGACUGUGUACGCUGAUGAAGCCACUCAAACAUUAACCAAAGAAUCAAAGUAAAAAAAAAAUUGAUCAUUUUACAGUUAAUGUAUCUUGUACUGAAAUAUAUGUUAAGUUUUACCAGUCCCUGAUAAAUUUUGGGAGGACUAGACAGCGUAAUAUUUACUGAGAAGUGAGGUGGCAUAUUUUAUAGCUUUAAUGUAAUAUGUUAGGAAUGUACAUUUCUAGCUUUGUCGAUCUGAUACGGUAGUUAUGAUGGGUAGGUUUUGUGGAACCUAUGUGAGUAAAUUGUGCGGAGAAGAAAUUAUUGGAACUGAUAAAAUGCUAAUGUGCCCCUACUAACGUUGUGAUUGACGAUUUGCUUCAAAGGUGCUUAACAUGUUUAUUGUUUCUUUAAUAGUGAAUUAAGAAGCGACGUUGCCACGAUCGCGGGAGCCUCGCCUCGCGACGGCAUGUCAAAGUUCCUCGUUAAUGGACUAGCCUGAUGGUUUCUGCCGCCAGCCAUGUUGAAACGUUGCGUGCGAGGGUUGGCCGUCUUGUGUGUGUAUAUGUGUAUAUAAUAUUCGCAUCGUCCUUUUCUCGUAUGUUGAAGGCAUUUUAUGGAAGAUUCUCGAGAUUGCAAAGUAGAAAAAAAAUGUGUUUAGUUUUUUUGUUAAAUCCCGUUGCCGAACAAGACUGCCCGUGGAUAAGUGAAAAUGCAUUGUGUGAGGCUUCAGUGAAUGAAUUUUUUGCAGAAGAAGAUUUUCGUAACCGUGUGAAAGUAUUCCGUGAAUAUUUUCAACACUUUUCUCAAUCUUUAUUAUUUUUGCGCUCUGCCGAUGCUUUUCGCUUCCAUCGUCGACUCUACGACAAGUCGAUCCUGCAGUUCAUUUUGUUUGGAUUUUGUACCAUUGUAAUUAUGUAUGUUGAUUUGAGUAGUAAACAUGGACUCUGGUUAAUAAUUGUAAUUAUAAAAAAAAAUUCAAUUGUAUUUAAAGUAAUGAAACCUUUAUCUCAGUUUGAACUUGGCUGAAGAAGUCUUAUUUGCUCCUUGUAUUGAAGAUGAGUUUUUUUUUUAAGUGACCUUGUUGUGUUUUGGUGCUUUGUACCGCGUCGCUUCGGUGCGAGUGGACGCACGAGUGCGAGAGGUUGUGGCCUACGGCCGCCAAGCGGCCCGGCCACCAUCGUGUAACAUGGAGCAGCUUCAGUGUGGAGAAUAUACCAAGUCUGAACUAUGA